UCACGCGUGUAUAUAUAGAACAGCCCCUCACCCCUCAGUGAGGGCCGAGGAUGAUGCCGAAGGCGAGGGACCGCGAACUAUUCUUGGAGAACCUUAGAACGCGCGGAGUAACUACCUUCGAUGUCUUCUCUCUCCCGAUUCGGCGCCAGUAAACGUCAGUAAACCGCUGUAAGCCACCGCGAAAACAGUAACGCUCGAAACUUUCAGAGAAGGCUCCGUGUAUCUUUGUAUUAGUGAGUGAAAACUGGUCUCGGUCGUCCUACCACGUAAGGAGAGGAUUCCGAUAGUAAACGGGGAGUAUAUAACGAUAGAGGAGAUAAGAGGAAGAGGGUAAAGACGGGUCUGAACUCCAGCGAGCUCCAGGAUUACUCGACAGAUUGCGCGCGCACACGCCUCACGAGUUUCUCCAGCUGAUCUGAGAAACGCCGUCGGUAUUCCUCGGAGAACUGACGUCACCACUACAUUGAACGAUCUCUCAUCGAUACACACAAAGGUGCCCGGUUACCACCACCACCACCACCAUCACCAUCACCAUCACCACCACCAUCAGCAACAGAGAGCCGGCCGAUAAAAUGAAUCAGAAUGAUAAGUCAGUCAAGUGCGAGAACUCCGAGGAGGAAGAGUGCGAGAUGGUCGAACGAGAGCUGGCCGAGGAUGCACAGUGGAAGCGUAUACAACAGAACACCUUUACGAGAUGGGCGAACGAACAUCUCAAGGCCAUCAACAAGAACAUAGACGACCUCGAGUGCGACCUAUCGGACGGUCUCAAAUUGGUCAGCCUGAUCGAGGUGCUUUCUCAAAAACGAUUACCAAAACAUAAUCAAAGACCUACCUUUCGGUCACAGAAAUUGGAAAAUGUUUCGGUGGCAUUAAAAUUUUUGGAGGACGAGGGUAUACGCAUCGUCAGUAUCGAUUCCACGGAUAUCGUCGACUGCAAAUUGAAACUGAUCUUAGGAUUAAUAUGGACGUUGAUUCUUCAUUAUUCGAUUUCGAUGACAAUGUGGGAUGGGGAGGAUGGAGACAAUUACGACAAAGGAGCAACACCGAAACAAAGACUGAUGCAUUGGGUUCAAUCAAAAGUUCCAAAUUUACCAAUCACGAAUUUCACUUCCGAUUGGAACGAUGGCCGAGCCGUUGGUGCACUCGUUGAUGCGGUUGCACCAGGUCUUUGUCCAGAUUGGCAAGAUUGGAAUCCGAAAGAUGCAGUACAAAAUGCAUCAGAAGCUAUGGGUUUGGCCGAUGAUUGGCUCAACAUACCGCAGUUGAUAAAACCAGAAGAGAUGGUUAAUCCCAACAUCGAUGAGAUGUCGAUGAUGACGUAUCUCUCUCAAUAUCCCAACGCCAAAUUGAAACAAGGUGCACCUUUGAGACCACGUACCAAUCCAAAUAGCAUCCCCCCUCCGCGAGUGCGUGCAUAUGGACCUGGUAUCGAAUCAGUCGGUCCGGUUGUUGGUGUACCGGCCAAUUUCACUGUCGAGACAUUUUCUGCUGGCAAGGGAAAUGUUGAAGUCUCUGUUGAAGAUCCUAAGGGAAAUACCAUACCAGCUGACGUUAGAUUCAACAAGGAUAGAAAUCUUACAUAUUCCGUUUCAUAUACGCCAAGAAUCGAAGGACCUCAUAAAGUAAAAAUACUCUUUGCCGGAAGGGAAAUACCAAAGAGUCCAUAUACGGUCAGUGUUGAGGGUCAUGCGGGAGAUCCUAGUAAAGUAACAGCAAGCGGACCAGGUCUUCAACGCGAUGGAGUCGUCGUGAAUAGGCCUACUUAUUUCGACAUAUUCACUAAGGACGCUGGUCGUGGUGUACCGGAAGUUAUCAUUUUGGAUCAACAAGGCUCGAAAACUACGGUGCCUGUAAAAUUACGUCAGAUCUUUCCGGAUGUUACAAGGUGUGAGUACGUAUCUCCAGUAACUGGUUUACAUUCCGUUAAUAUCUUCUUCGCUGGUAAACUCAUACCUGGAAGUCCGGUUGGUGUGAACGUUGCUCCUGUCUCCGAUGCUAAAAAAUGUCGGGCUUAUGGCCGAGGACUUUUACCAACAGGCGUUAGGGUUAAUGAUACCGCAGAUUUCGUCAUUGUUACAAAGGACGCUGGUGAAGGAGUACCGGAGAUUAAAGUAAUUGGUCCAGGAGGUAUCAAUCAAACAGUACAGAUGACUAAGGCAGACGCUAAUACAUAUAAUUGUUCUUACGUACCAACGAAGGAAGGUCGAUAUGUAGUAAUGAUUACGUUUGGUGGUAAAGAAAUACCAAAGUCACCAUUCGAAGUGAACGUUGGUCCAUAUAAGGAGUCUGCGAUUUGGGCAUUUGGUCCAGGUCUUAAAAGUGGUAUAGUUGGACAUCCAGCCAGGUUUACCGUCGAUACUAACGGUGAAACCGGUGCUCUUGGAUUCUCGAUUCAGGGACCUUCUAAAGCAAACAUCGAAUGUCACGAUAAUGGUGAUGGAACAGCUGACGUAUCUUACUUACCUACGGCACCCGGACAAUACGCUGUACAUAUACUUUGUGAUAACGAAGAUAUACCAUCGUCUCCUUACAUUGCAAAUAUUGUACCAAAGACCGAUUUCGAUCCGGAAAAGGUAGAGGUACAUGGUCCAGGAAUUCAACCGGAUAGCGUUGCAAAAGAUAAACCGACUCAUUUCAUUGUGGAUCCUAGAAAAGCUGGUGGUCAGGCACGUUUGGAAGUAGCUAUUCAAGAUGUUUUUGGUAGACAAGUUCCCGUUCGUCUCGAAGAUAAACGAGACGGGACGAUACAAGCAUAUUAUACACCGACUUCUGCCUCUCAGCACGUUAUAAUGGUAAAUUAUGGUGGCGUUGCUACUAAAAAGUCUCCGUACAGAGUAAAGGUAGCUGCACCUUUGAAUCCAGCUGCGGUGACAGCUUUUGGGCCAGGUAUCGAAAGAGGUGUAAAAUCAAAUGUUCCUACUCAUUUUAAUAUCGAUUGCCGUGAGGCUGGACCUGGCAAUAUGGAUGUGACCAUAGUCAGUGAAGACGGACGAGAAUUACCUGUUUCCUUAACCGAUAACGAAGACAAUACAUACAGCGUGGGAUACGUCGCUCCACAACCAGGAAAUUAUUUUGUCAAUCUAUCUUACGGUGGUCUCAAGGUACCUACGUGUCCUAUCGCGGUCAAUGUUCAACCGCACAUCGAUGUCUCCAGAAUCAAAGUGGAUGGUCUUGAACCUACUGCACCGGUGAACAGCCUGCAGCAGUUCCGCGUGAUAACGCAGGAUGCUGGAAAGGUGGCUGACUUUCAAGUGGCUAUAACGGCGCCAUCGGGUAAUCGCGUUAAGGCCCACAUCUUACCGACGCAUGAAGGUUAUCUGGUCAACUUUACGCCGACGGAAUUGGGCGAGUACUUGUUGGGCAUCAGUUUUGGCGGUGAACCAAUCUCAAGUCAGCCCUAUCGUCUCAACUGCGUUCACGGUUCUGAUCCUGGCAAAGUCAGAGCUUCUGGUCCUGGUCUAUCUCGUGGUGUCGUUAACAAGCCAGCAGAAUUUGUUAUCGAUACGAGAGGUGCAGGUCAAGGUGGACUUGGCGUUACAGUCGAGGGUCCUUGCGAGGCUGCCAUUAAUUGUCGAGACAACGGCGAUGGCACUUGUUCCGUUGCUUAUCUCCCUACCGAGGUCGGCGAUUAUGGGAUAAAUAUUACCUUCAAUGAGCAACACGUGCCCGGCUCACCAUUCCAGGCCAUCGUCGUUCCCGAUACUGACGUUUCAAAAAUCAAAGUCACCGGAAAUGGAAUUCAGCCACACGGUCUGUACUUGAAGCAACCAACGGAAUUUACGAUAGACACCAGAGCAAUUGCUAAGAUGAAGAAUGACGAAGAUUUAGUUUCCUGCGUUAUCAGUAAUCCAAGCGGUGGAAAGACGGAGAAAGUAAUCAUUCCUCAAGGAGAUGGAACGUAUCGCGUCAGUUAUACACCUUUCGAAGAAGGACGUUAUACCAUCGAUAUUCUUUACGACAACAUUCCAGUGCCAGGAUCACCGUUUACCGUUAACGUUAAACGUGACAGUGAUCCAAGUAAAUGUCGUGCUUAUGGUCCAGGUUUAGAGAAGGGUUAUGUUAACAAGGCUAAUCAAUUUACCGUAGAGACUAAAGAGGCCGGCAAUGGUGGUCUCGGUUUAGCGAUCGAAGGUAUACGCGAGGUCAAAAUGACAUGCAAAGACAAUUACAAUGGUUCAUGCAGCGCAGAAUAUAUCCCAAUGGAACCAGGAGAAUAUGACAUCACUAUAAAGUUCGCCGAUCAGCAUAUACCUGGUUCACCUUUCAAAGUUCAAGUAAUAUCGGAUAGCAAUGCUAAGAACGUCGUUGCUUAUGGAACCGGGCUCGAGCCUGAAAUGGUGAGAGAGGGUGUACCAGCGAAAUUUGUCGUUGAUACUUCGAAAUGCGAACCAGCGAAGUUAGACGUUAGAUUAAAGACCGACAAAGGACAGGUGCAAAAGCCAGAAAUUAAAAGCCGAAGUGACGGAUUGUACGAGGUUACUUAUCAGCCACCACCUGCCGGUAGUACUGUUCAAAUCGGUAUAACUUAUGACGGCGAGGAAAUAGAUGAUAGUCCAUAUGCCAUUAAAGUUUUACCUACCGUUGAACCAAAUAAAAUUCUUCUCACUGGACCUGGAGUGUCACCUGUUUGUACUGCUUCCUUCCCAACGGAAUUUGUCGUUGAUACUUCUCAAGCUGGAUAUGGCGAUCUCGAGGUUCAAGUUUUGGGUCCGGAUCAAGCACCCCGAAGAGUCGAAGUUCAAGAUUUAGGUGAAGGAAAAUACAAGGCCACAUAUUUGCCCGAUGAUUGUGGUCGAUACAAGGUCAAUGUGAAAUACGGAGGUAAAGAAGUACCAGGUAGUCCGGUUUUGGUUCAAAGCGUUUCCACUGGUAAAGCUGAGAAAUGUAAGAUCAAGGAAGGUAUCCAACAUACCUUGGCACAGGGUGAAGAAUAUUGUAUAACCGUUGAUACCGAAAAUGCUGGAAGAGGGGCAGUCACUUGUCGUAUUCGUUCUACGUCAGGCAGUGAGGUGGUGGACAUUGAUAUCGAAGAUAAUGGUGAUGGAACAGUUAACAUUUAUUAUACGGUAGCCGAUGCCGGAGAUUAUACGCUUAGUAUUAAAUUUGGAGGACAACCUGUACCAGACGGUAUCUAUACUUUUACGGCCUCAGAGGAAUAUCGGGAACACAGUACUCACAAAACUCAUCGAGGAAAGAAAUCUCGACAAAGGCAAGAGCAACACGUUGUUGAACAACGUAGCACCAGUAUACAGGAGAGUUCAACGGUUACAACAAAGAGUAGCACAACCAAUCAACAGAAUUUAUCAAAGAAGAACUUUAACGGUAUCCGGCUGAACGGUAUCCCCUUACCAUUGUCCAGUGGUACAGUGACGUCCGAGGUAAAGAUGCCGAGCGGUAACGUGGACAAACCAGUCAUCGAGGAUAAUCACGAUGGCACUGUAUCUAUCAAAUAUGAGCCAAGAGAGGAAGGUCUUCAUGAGAUUUACGUAAAGUUUAACGGGGAACAUGUACAAGGAUCACCGUUCAAAUUCCACGUUGAUUCUUUGGCAAGUGGUUACGUAACAGCCUACGGUCCAGGUUUGAUUUACGGUGUCUGCGGAGAACCUGGAAACUUUACCAUAUCUACAAAGGGCGCAGGAGCCGGUGGUUUAUCAUUGGCCGUGGAAGGUCCUAGCAAGGCAGAAAUAUCAUGCCAUGACAACAAAGAUGGCACGGUUUCUGUAUCCUAUCUACCUACUGCACCUGGAGAAUAUAAAAUCAGUGUUAAGUUUGGUGACAAGCAUAUUAAGGGUAGUCCAUACGUCGCCAAGAUUACAGGAGAGGGUCGUAAAAGGAAUCAGAUAUCUGUUGGAUCGUGUAGCGAGGUUCAGUUGCCUGGUAAAGUGCCUGAUGCAGAUAUAAGAUCUCUGAACGCUUCAAUCACAGCACCAAGCGGUUUGGAAGAGCCAUGCUUUUUGAAAAAGCUCCCUAGCGACAAUGUUUGCGUUUCUUUCACACCACGAGAAGCUGGUUCGCAUACCGUUGCCGUGAAACGAAUGGGCAAGCAUAUACCAAACUCGCCAUUCAAGAUCGAUGUUAAAGAUCGCGAAGUUGGUGAUGCUAAGAAGGUAAAAGUCUCUGGUGCGGCAUUAAAGGAAGGCAAGACACACGUCGAGAAUAUCUUCUCGGUUGACACAAGAAACGCUGGUUUUGGUGGUUUGUCUCUUUCAAUGGAAGGUCCGAGCAAGGUAGAGAUUCAGUGCAAGGAUAAUGAGGAUGGCACAUUGAACAUGUCUUACAAGCCUACCGAGCCUGGUUAUUACAUAGUAAAUUUGAAAUUUGCCGAUCAUCACGUGGAAGGUUCACCGUUCACCGUGAAAGUCAGUGGAGAAGGUAGCAAUCGUCAGAGAGAGAAAAUACAGAGGCAAAGAGAAGCCGUGCCGAUAACCGAAGUUGGAAGUCAAUGCAAGCUGACCUUCAAGAUGCCUGGUAUAACGUCCUUCGAUCUCGCUGCUACUGUUACUUCGCCAGGUGGUGUUACGGAAGAUGCAGAGAUCAAGGAGGUCGAAGAUGGUCUUUAUGCUGUUGCAUUCGUACCGAAGGAAUUAGGCGUUCACACGGUUUCGGUUCGUUACAAGGAGAUGCACAUUCCCGGCUCACCCUUCCAAUUCACGGUUGGUCCUUUGAGAGACGGUGGAGCUCACAGGGUCCACGCUGGUGGUCCUGGAUUGGAACGAGGGGAACAAGGUGAACCUUGCGAGUUCAACAUAUGGACGAGAGAAGCUGGAGCUGGUGCAUUGGCUGUCUCGGUUGAAGGCCCUAGCAAAGCUCAAAUCGAUUACAAAGAUCGCAAAGAUGGCAGCUGUUAUGUCAGUUAUGUCGCUUCUGAACCUGGAGAAUACAGAGUAGGAAUAAAGUUCAACGAUCAGCACAUUCCUGACUCGCCGUACAAGGUUUACAUAUCGCCUGCUAUGGGCGAUGCUCACAAAUUAGAGGUUGCACAAUUUCCGGAAAGUGGAGUACAACCUGACAAGCCUUACACCUUCCUCGUACGCAAGAACGGAGCUAAGGGUGAAUUGGACGGAAAGAUCGUAUCGCCAAGCGGAAUUGAGGAUGAUUGUUUCAUUCAAUCGAUCGACUCUGACACAUAUUCCGUUAGAUUCAUGGCACGUGAGAAUGGGAUUCACAGUUUGCAUCUGAAAUUCAACGGAGUUCACAUAACUGGUAGUCCGUAUCGUAUCAAGGUCGGUAAAGUGGACGCCGAUCCAGCAGCAUUGCACGCUUAUGGCAAUGGUCUGGUAGAGGUUAAGACGGGUCAGAAAACGGAUUUCAUCAUUGAUACUUGCAAUGCCGGAAGCGGUGCUCUUGGUGUUACGGUCGAUGGACCUAGUAAAGUCUCUAUGGAUUGUACCGAGGUCGAGGAAGGUUACAAGGUCAGGUAUACGCCACUUGUACCUGGUGAUUAUUACAUCAGCAUCAAAUACAAUGGAUAUCAUAUCGUUGGCUCGCCAUACAAGGUUUCGUGUACCGGUGCGGAUCUGGCAGAAAGAGGUGCACAAGAGACGAGCUCGAUCCUGGUCGAGACUGUUCAGAAGAUCUCGAAAGCAAAGCAAACUGGUCCUGUGUUACCGCUUUUUAAAUCGGACGCGAGUAAGGUUACGAGCAAAGGCAUGGGCCUGAAGAAAGCCUAUUUGGGAAAGCAGAAUCAAUUCACCGUACAUGCAAGUGAUGCAGGAAACAACAUUCUUUACGUUGGCGUGUACGGUCCCAAAGGACCAUGCGAAGAGGUCUACAUGAAGCACACAGGUCGAAACAACUACAACGUCAGUUACCUGGUGCGUGAGCGAGGAGAAUAUAUCGUGAUCGUCAAGUGGGGCGACGAUCACAUUCCUGGAUCACCGUACAAGGUCGAGGUCUAAGGAGAAAAGAAAUUCAACACAGAACAGCCCGGAGUAUUGUCUUUCCUUACGUGGAAUAAACGUCGCGAAGGAACUUUUUAAAAAGGACAUAUCCGUGUCUUCGAUUUAGCACGAUCUCGAAUGGGAACGUAUCGAAUAUGUAUUCUCCUAGAUCCCUCGAUCAACGUUCUUCUUCUUAUCCUUGUUCCUCGUGACAUCGAAUCUUGUAUAUUCCUAGCGAUCGUUCCUCCUUCUCGUUUCUUUUCUCUGUCUCUCUCUCUCUCUCUCUCUUUCUUUCUUUCUUUCUUUCUUUCUCUCUUUUUUCUUUUUGUUGGAUCGAUCGCAUCCUUUGCAACGUCUUCUCUUUCUCUCUUUUUCUAUUCUCUCUCUCUCUCUCUCUUUCUCUUUUUCUCUCUGUCUGUCUGUCUGUCUGUCUGUCUGUCUGUCUUUCUCUUUCUCUUUCUCUUUAUUUUUAUCUCUUCUUGUCUCGUUUUCUCCUAAACCUUACUCGUCCUCAUUGUAAAUUGCAAGUUGGAAAAAGAAAAAAAAAAAAAAAGAAACUUGAAAGGCUAUUUUUCUUGAUAGAUCUGCAGCUUCGUUCGUUUAUUAAUCAUAUCCUUCCUCGAUUAUUCUUAUCGAGAUCGAUUAAUUUCCCUUUAAUCUUAGGUUUGUCUUAUUUUACUUAAGUUUCCUUACUUAGGUUUCCCCAUUCGUAGAAUGGAGAACGAUGAUUAUAUUUCAAAGUGUCUCUCGAAAGUGGGUCAAUUAUAUUCGUUCUUAACGAUAUCGCCGUAUGUGCCUUUAAUAAUAAUAAUAAUAAUAAUAAUAAAAAGAAAAAAAAUAUAUAUAUAUAAUAAUA